UUUAUCAUUCUGAUCACAUAAGCAAAGGAAUGAUAUAGAAAUGAAGAAUACUUUGCUGGGACUAGUUUUACUUUUAUGUGACACAGUUUUAGCAUGGAAUGAAUGUGGCAGGUGUAACUGUUGUGUAAAUGGAACUUCACGAUGUGAAUACAACAAUAAUGAUGACGGUGUUUGCUUGGAUGGUUGUAUUGACGGAUACUAUACUGACAGUUGUAUACAUGCUUGUAGUCACAAUUGUGUGACAUGCUCUGGUGUAAGCAGUUGUAACACAUGCAAACAUGGCUUCUAUAUUGGUCGUGAUCUGGUUAAUAAUAAAUAUACAGAUGACUGUAGUUUAUCGUGCCCGGACAACUGUAUUUCAUGCACUUCAUAUUAUAACUGUAGCAAAUGCAAUGAUGGAUUUUACAAUGGGAGACAAUACCCAUCAAGCGAUGUUGUAGCCUACAAUUGUCGACAUGCUUGCAGUAAUAAUUGUGCAACAUGUUCUGAUGUAAGCAGUUGUAUCACAUGCAAAAAUGGCUAUUAUAUUGGUCGUAAUCCUGAUGAUAAUACAUAUAAAGGAGAUU